AUGGAUGCAUUGGGUUUGAAGGCAGGUAUUCAUGGAAUUGCGCCGCCACUCGCCGUCGUGGGAAAUGGGAUGCUGGAUUUACCUAUGGGCCAACCUUCCAAAAUAAGUGCAUUGGGGCCGGCGGCGCCACCAAGGAAUUCGCCGUGGGGGUUCACUUUAAGGUACCCUUUCAGAUCUCUAUGGCCUGGAGGCAAGAAUCGGUGCGAGCCGGCAAUUGCAGUGGACGACGGCGUUUUGGUGGAGGAAAAAGAAGAGAACAGAAGUGAAGAAAGAGAAUCGGAAGGGGAAAAUGGGAAUUGGGUAUUAAAGAUUUUGCGUGUGAGGUCCCUCCGGAAAGAAGGGGAAAUAGAUGGUAAAUUGGUUGAAGAAAUGGGGAUGAAAUUGGAAGAUGACAAUAAAAAUGGUAGACUGAAUGCAAAUGAUGAAAAGAAAGGGGAUUCUUGUGACGAAAAUGAAGAUUGUGAUGUGUGUACAAUUGAUGGAGAAGAUGAUGAAAAGAUAGAAUUCAAUAGAGAAUCAUUUUCAAAGCUGCUUAGGAAGGUGCCCUUAGCAGAAGCUAGAUUAUAUGCUCAAAUGUCUUAUUUGGGAGCUUUAGCUUAUUCCAUACCUCAGAUCAAGCCUAAGAACCGUCUGAGAUUUCAUGGACUGCGGUUUGUAACUUCGUCGAUAGAAAAGAAAGAACAAGAAUUGAAAGCUGAGAAAGAGAAGGCUUCGGUUGAAGACCAACAAAAAGAAGAGAAGACACCUGAUGAGGCUCGGGUUGCAGAGGGAAAUGUAAUGGCAGAAAGUGGGGUGGAGAAGCCUAAUAGGAAGCAGAUAAAUGCAUCUGCUGCUUAUGAGAUUGCUGCUUCUGCUGCUUCGUAUUUGCAUACUCAUACGAAGAGCAUUCUUCGCUUUAGAACAUCCAAAUCCACACCGAGUGAAAAUUUUCUUGAAGAAACAAUAUGUGGCAUGGACAACGCCAACGUGAUGAACAGGGAUGUAGCUUCAUUAAUGGCUACCACUGACUCGGUGACAGCAGUGGUUGCUGCGAAGGAAGAAGUAAAGCAGGCUGUUGCAGAUGAUUUAAACUCUGCCAAGUCCUCACCUUGUGAAUGGUUUGCUUGCGAUGACGAUCAGAGUGCGACAAGAUUCUUUGUCAUUCAGGGAUCUGAGUCGCUGGCAUCAUGGCAGGCCAAUCUACUCUUUGAGCCUGUUAAGUUUGAGGGACUGGAUGUGCUCGUGCACAGAGGUAUAUAUGAGGCUGCAAAGGGGACCUACGAGCAGAUGUUGCCUGAAAUUCAUGCACACCUAAAAUCUCAUGGAGACCGUGCCAAAUUUCGAUUUACGGGACACUCUCUUGGUGGUAGUUUAUCAGUACUCGUAAAUCUCAUGUUGCUAAUAAGGGCUGGAGCACCCGUUUCUUCAUUACUUCCUGCUAUAACUUUCGGCGCACCAUCAAUUAUGUGUGGAGGAGAUCGUCUUCUACGGGACCUCGGAUUGCCUCGAAAUCAUGUCCAAGCAAUAACAAUGCACAGAGACAUUGUUCCCCGAGCUUUCUCUUGCAAUUAUCCUGAUCAUGUAGCAGAGUUUCUUAAGGCUGUAAAUGGAAACUUCCGCAAUCUUCCAUGUCUUAAUAACCAGAAGCUGUUAUAUGCUCCAAUGGGGGAGUUUUUAAUUCUUCAACCGGAUGAGAAAUUUUCUCCCAGGCAUGAUCUUCUUCCUUCAGGGAGUGGUUUGUAUAUAUUAAGCUGCUCAAUUUCAGACGUUGAGCCAGAAAGGCUAAUCCGGGCUGCACAGGCUGUGUUUUUGAGCUCACCACAUCCACUUGAGAUAUUGAGUGAUCGAGCUGCAUAUGGUUCUGAAGGAACCAUUCAAAGAGAUCAUGAUAUGGACUCAUACUUGAAAUCUGUACGUAUUGUUAUUCGCCAAGAGCUCAACCAGAUAAGAAAAGCCAGAAGAGAACGCCGUAGGAAACUCUGGAGGCCGCUCAUUGCACCACAUGGAGUCAAUGCUGGUAUUAUCGUGAGUCGUCCUGUUGCAUCUGGUGACAUGGGUCGAGGUCAGUUCAACUUCUCAGGAAUAGUACAAACUGGUCGAGAGUCUUGGAAACGCUUUAGUAGGUUAGUUGCAUCACAACAUGUGCAUUUGCUUGUCGUGCUUUUGUUUCCUGCGAGGCUGUUAAUAUUGGGAACGUACAGUUUGAUCAACUUUCAUUGA